AUGCGCUCUGAACACAACAACAACAAAGCCGUUCAGCCAAUGGGAUUCCUUCAUUAGCUGGCAGCCCCGCCUCUCCCCGCUGGUCUGUGCAGCUGGCUGGCUCUCAGUGUCAGUGGGCUUUAAACGCGUGAGCUCCGUCCCGGGAACAUGCCAGAGGUUCCCUCCGCAGGUCCGCAGAUGUCCCGGAAAAGAUGCGCUGAGGCCGGACCGCUACCCGAGCACGUCCCGGAGAGGAAGAAGGCCUGCUGGGGCAUUCUGACUAGCCAAGGGUCCUGGGCAGAUCGCUCCCCCCUACAUGAAGCAGCCUCUCAGGGUCGACUGCUUGCCCUGCGCACUCUGCUGGUCCAGGGCUACCACGCCAACAUUGUCACCAUCGAUCAUGUGACCCCUCUCCAUGAAGCCUGCCUGUCAGGACAUGUAGCCUGUGUCAGAGCAUUGAUAAAUGCUGGAGCCAAUGUGAAUGCUGCUACUAUUGAUGGUGUCACUCCUCUGUACAACUGUUGUGCUUCCGGGAGUGUCGGUUGUAUGGAACUGCUGCUGGAGAAUGGAGCACACACACACACAACGCAUACACAUUUCCCCUCAGCUCUGCACGAAGCCUGCAAGAGAGGUAAUAGCCAGUGUGUGGAGUCGCUGCUGUCUCAUGGAGCAGAUCCAGACUAUGAAGUGUCUCAUCUGGGCUCUCCUCUCUACAUGAGCUGUCUACACCGACACACAGCCUGUUCAAGGAUUCUGCUGCAUGAAGGAGCCAAUGUUAAUGCAGGCAGAGGAGCUGACAGUCCUCUGCAUGCCACUGUUAGACAGGAUAGUGUGGAUCAGGUGUCAGUGUUGCUGGACUAUGGAGCUGAUGUCAACAUCAGAGACAGUAAUAAUCAGCGGCCUGUGGAGCUAGCUCCUGCUGGUGGCAAGACAAAACAACUCUUACUGACAUUUGAAGUUUCUCCGAGGAGUCUCAGCCAGUUGUGUCGUCUCCAGAUCAGGAACUUGAUUGGUCGAUCCAGACUGAAGCUACUGCCCCUCCUUCCUCUUCCUUCCCUGCUGACUCACUAUUUGGAGCACACAUAGAAUGACGAGCACACAUGCAGCAUGACAGCAAAAAACAACUAAAAUGUGCAUGCAGUUCUGUUCAAUGAUGGGCCAAGCCACUUAGGCCGCGUUCAGACUGCCAGGCAAAAUCCGAUUUUUAGCCCAUCCAGAUUGGAACUGGAUGGCUCUUUUGAAGUCUGACAGUCACAAAUCACAUGAAAUCCGAUUUUUGCGAACCGGAUCGAAACCACCUUCGGGAGGUAGUUUCAGAUCGCAUUUGGACAGAUGCGUCUCAGUCUGAACCGCUCCAACCACUCAGAUUGGUUUUGACUGUCCGUGACGUCACUCUACGCUGCAUGCGUAGCGCCGGCAGCGCGGAGAUGAGGUGUCCACCGGCAGCCGCGCCCGACUCAUGCGGGCCCGACGGGGGCGUCCAUCCGCCCGGUUUCUCCCCUGGUGCGUCUGAGAUGUUCUGUACCUCUAAUGGACAGUGAUAAGGCCAAUAUACUGAGGUGACAUGCCUCCCUCAUGUUUGUUGUUGUUGUCGCAAUUAUAUGACGUCUGACGCGGUGACGACGUCAGACGAUCUGACGCCGUUACUAUGGCAACCUGUCAGCUCAGUCAAUAAUGUGGCCCAGUCUGAACAGAGCCAUAUCCGAUUUGGACACUUGCUAAAAAUAGUGUGGACAGUCAGCCCUAAAAAUCUGAUUUGAGUAGGAAUCUGAUUUGAAUCAGAUUCACCUGCAGUCUGAACGCGGCCUUAUUAACCACAUCUGAUUUGAUUGGUUAUUUAGUUAGCUUGGCAACUACUACUUUAUUACUAGGGCCGGGACUCGAUUAAAAACAAAUAUAUAAUUAAUUAGAGGCUUUGUAAUGAAUUAAUCGAAAUUAAUCGCAUUUUAAUCACAUAUUAAUAUUUGACCUGAGAACAGUGAGAAGUAAUUUUUUUCACGUGGAUUUUUAGUAUACCAUUGAAUAAUGACUGAAUACAUAAGCUUAAGCAACAAAAAUACUGUUUAUUUUUGUUCAAGUCCAACAGACCAGUGCAAUUUUUGCCAUUAAGUGUAGCAAUAGCAUAUUUAGAAAUAUAGUACAUUUCAUAAAUUCAGGUAGCCUAUAUGUGGGUAGACCUUCUGUAAACUAUAAUACUUUGGUUUUCUCUUAUCGACGCUUCCAUCCGUUGGUUUUUGUAACAAAAUGUCCCAUCAUUCACGGGGCCAACCAAAGCGAUCUCAUCAGCUUCUUCCUUCAUGUUCACUGUGGUUUCUUGUACUGAACUCAUGAACGCUAGUUGGUGCUCCAGUAUAAUCGGUCCGCCUGAAACUCAUCCAGUGAGAAACGU